AUGUCUGAUAUCUACAUUCAAGCGGCAUUGGUUCUCGAUGGAACACAUGCUCAGACAGGGUCGCUAAAAGGGCUGGUGAUGGAAAGGGCAAAAGCAAGUAAGACAGACGCAAAGAGAUUGUUAGCCUUGAGUGCAAAUACUUUGUCUUACUCGAGAGCAUUGGAGAUCGUAUUGAAACAGAGCGAAUUUCUCAAAUUGGAGAAACGAGCGAUAACAACUGCUACAGCAGGAAAAGGAUGUACACCACAAUCACUCGCUCUUGUGGUUGCACAUGAUCUGCUCUUAACCAAACGUGGUAGGAUUGCAACUUCCCCUGCUUGGCCGCCUCAUGCUGCUUUCGUUCGUCAUUCUGCUCGACUUAAGGCGGAAUUGGUAAAGCUACAGGUACAAGAAGGAAAGACGAGCGUACAAGAGCUCAGGACAGGUGAAGCGAUCAAAAAGCGAGCAGAAAGGAUACCUAGAUGGAUAAGAGUAAACGAAAGGUUGACAACAGUAGAAAAGGUUAUGGAACAAUUGCAAGCAGAAGGGUGGAAAGAAGUACAAAAAGGCAAGGAGCUUCUGCUGAAAGUGAAGACUUUUUCUCGAUCACGACAUAUCCCUGCCGUUCUGGCUACGCACGCUGCCCACACCUCGGCACUUAUAGGGCAUCCUCUCUACAAGAAAGGUCAUCUGAUGUUGCAAGAUCUUGCAAGUUGCUUUCCAGCAGAGAUUCUCCUGGGAAGUUCUAUUGCGGACAAUGCAACUGCAAUACAUGCUCUUGAUGCAACUUCUGCGCCGGGAAAUAAGACAAGCCAUUUAAGUGCAAUCUUGAGUAAAGCGGCAAAAGGAUCUGAUGUUGUCGCAUUUGAACAUUCCAAACAACGAUUCGAAACUCUUCAACAACAAUUACGCAGAGCAGGGGCAUUGGAUACAAACAAACCUGGCUUUGUGAAACCAGUCUUUGGAGACUUCACAAAGACACAACCCGAGAAAUAUUCAAAGGUGACGCAUAUGCUUUUGGAUCCCUCUUGUAGUGGAUCAGGUAUCUUGGGUAGAUUGGAUUACCUGACUCGGGAUCAGGACGAAGUCGAUAAUGCUGAAGGGGUGGAAGGAGAUGCAUCAACGCAACAACAAGAACGUUUGAAAGGUUUGGCUGCAUUUCAGUCAAGUAUGAUCGAUCAUGCUAUGCACUUUCCCAGUCUGCAGAGGUUGGUCUACUCGACUUGUUCGAUCCAUCACGAAGAAAAUGAAGAAGUGGUAAUAAAGGCGUUAAACUCAGAUAUUGCCAAAAAGAGAGGAUGGCGUCUGGCUCAACGAAGAGAAGUCGUUAGUUCGUGGCCAACACGAGGUAUUACAGAGCAUUGCAAAGGCGAUCAAGUGUUAGCAAAUGGAAUGAUUCGUUGUGUUCCAGGCGGAGAAGAGAAUGCAGAUGCCGCACAAUCGAACACCGGCAGCGAGUCCACUGAACCACAUAUGGAAGCAACAAACGGAUUCUUUGUCACCUGCUUUGUACGGUCAGUAGAACAGAAGGGCGAUAAUGUCAAAGAAGAGGAAAAGAACACUGUCUCAGCUCCUCAGAGCAACACUCUUAAGAACCGUAAACGUAAGCAACGUGCGAAGGAAAAA